GAGCUGAAGAAAGAAUUAAAUCCCUUGGGCCAAAUUCGUUCCUGAAGUUGCUUGAUUGAACACAUUGCAUUUACACUGAGCACAGAUUUGGCUCAUACCUGACUUUGUCAGCAUUCACUGUGCUGUAACUAAGUAACAAGAGCACUGUCGUUAGGGGACAGAUGAAUAGCUUUCUCUACGGUUAUUAGAGCACCGAGCACCUUUAAGGAGUGCAGAAUCAGUGAAAGGAGGAGUUGGAGAAAAGGACACCGCUCCUUUUAGAGUCUGUGUAACAGAACUGAUAAGCUAUUCCUGUGAUGUGAUCGAAUGUGACUGACUACUGCAGGCUCUUGGACUCUUAUUCUGUAAAAUCCACAGGAAAGCAGCACAGGAAAAGAUCGGAGCGAACAGCUUCUGCUAUACUAAGAAAGAUGCUGGAGAGCUCUUCGGUCCCUUUGUUCAUUGUCUUCAUCCUGCUUCUCAUUUUGCUGAUCAUUGUGUUGCUCAUCAGGAAAAAUGGCACUGCUGCCCUUAUCUGGAAUGAAAUAAUCCGGGAGAAAGUAACCAAUUUCAUCAUGAAUCAGAGCAAAGAACAGAGGAUUUUAAAUUUUGUGCUGCAGAAUGCAGUCCGAGGAGACCCCUGUAGUGUGGUGGACACUAUAGAUAAAUACUGCUCCCAGAAAGAGUGGGCCAUGAAUGUGGGCAAUGAGAAAGGUAAAAUUCUAGACAAGACAGUGGAAGAGGUCAAUCCAUCGGUGGCCCUGGAGCUGGGAACGUACUGUGGCUACUCAGCAGUGAGGAUUUCUCGGCUGCUGAAGGCUGGAGCUCGUCUGCUCACUGUGGAGUUCAACCCAGAAUUUGCUGCUAUAGCUAAACAGAUGAUUGAGUUUGCUGGAGUACAAGAUAAGGUAAAACUCCUAGAAGGCCCUUCAGAGGAAAUUAUUCCCCAGCUGAAAAAAAAAUAUGAAGUGGAUACUCUGGAUUUUGUCUUUCUGGACCACUGGAAAGACAGAUACACACCAGACACCAUCCUGCUUCAGGAAUGCAACUUGCUGAGGAAGGGCUCAGUUCUUCUGGCUGACAAUGUAAUUUUCCCAGGAGCUCCAGAUUUCCUUAACUAUGUCCGCAAGAACCCCCAUUUCCAAUGCACUAACUACCCAUCUCAUCUGGAAUAUAUGCAAGUGGAAGAUGCUAUGGAGAAGGCUGUGUUUUUGGGAUAAAGAGAAUAAUCAACUUUUGUUUCAUAUGAUGUAAAUGCAGAGGUUAAUUUGUCCAUGCUUUACAGUUUUUUUAAUUACUAUUAUUUUUUAUUUUGGAGCCUGUAAUUAAAAAGGACCAGUGAUGUUUUUAGGCAAGGUAGAAAUCAAAAUAUGGAGUAAGUCAGGUCUGUGCCAUUGUUCCACGUUAACGUGGCAAACCCAAGGUGAUGCACAUUGCCUUGCCUUGACCAACACAUCAUCAAACAACAGAGUUUGUUAUUUUGAGCUCAACUUGAACAACCACAGGUUCAGUUUAGGGUGGAGAAAUAUACUGCAACUUCCGAAGACUUGUAUCCCCCAGCUAAACUCAUUAAUCAUUAACAAGAGUGGGAAAAAAAAAAAUCCAUGUUGCAAGAAAAGACCAUUUCAUGUGCUCAGUUUUUGCUGAAUUACUAGCACGCCUCUUGAUGCAGUGAAGGCUCCUAUUGUGAGAUCAGAUACUUCUUUGCACAUUUACUGAAAAGUUAAUCAUCUCUAUAUGAGAGAAAAGAGCACACACUGAAAGAAAACAGACCCAUGCAGUGAUGAGAAAAACAAAACAGAAUUUUGAGAACACAAACAAGUAAAAUUAUUCUGUCCAUGCAGAGGCAGGAAAAACUGAAAUAGUAAACAGAUUAAAAUAAACACAGUAACAGAUAACAGAAGUGGCAGACUCUUUCCAAAAGAAUAUAAAACUACGUAAUAUUCGACCUUGAGAAAAUGCUGUUUAUCCCCUCAUUAUUAUGUACAUGCUUUUUGGGGGCAGGGCAAGCUGCUUACUCUGAAAUGCUGGGUAUGUUUAAGAGAAUGGGUUUUAGCAGGUGGGCCCUGCAUGCCCUGGUUAACCUCAGUGCUGUUACACCAUGUGAAUAGUGUGGGUUGUCAUUGAGGAUUCAAGGCCAAAUAUGAAGUCUCUAACUCACCUGAAUGAUGCAGAAAUCCGGUGGCAUUUCCUAGCAUGUCCUGCUGUGAUUAUAUAAGGCAGCAACAGUCACGUUUAUAAAUAAAAAAUUAAAAACAACA